AUGUCGAUCUUCGGAAAGCUGGAUGUCACCAUACCAUUCCUCCAAGCCGUGAGACUGCCCCCUCUGGGGAAGUUUAUAAAGGAGUUCAUAGCCGGAAAGGCCCAGGAGGAUGGAAAAAUCAUGGUGGAAGGGAUAGCGUCAGCUAUUGAAAAACUCCAAGCCUUGGAUGUGUAUGCCCAGGCUGAUGUGGAAGCAGCUGCAUGGUGUGAUCUGAUCAGUAGCCGAGGGUUAACUGACGAGGAGAUCGAAGGAGCAAUUACGGAAUUCUGUCAGAAGUCGGAACUAGCGGGAUCCGUAGGGGCUUUACUACCGGCCAGUAUGGAGGAAAAAUCAGAUGGUGAACAAGAGCGAGAGGAGGAUUCUAAAAAGAACCCUCUACCUACAGACACACUACCCCCACAAGUGGAGUUGAAAAAGUUGCCAGCGAACCUUAAGUAUGCCUACCUCGGGGAGGAAGACUCGUUCCCUGUAAUCAUCAAUAGCGGGCUGACUGAAGAGCAAGAGGCAAGACUACUAACUGUGCUGAGCAAAAACAAGAAGGCUAUUGGAUGGAGCCUUACGGACCUGGUGGGGAUAAGCCCGGACGUCUGCAUGCACCACAUUAGGCUGGAGGAGGGAGCCAAGGCACAUAGAGAUUCGCAAAGAAAGGUGAACCCAAACAUGCGGGAAGAGAUACUGAAGGAAAUCUUGAAGUUGCUCUCACUGGGCAUUAUAUACUCGGUACCCGAUAGUGAAUGGGUCAGCCCAAUCCAUAUGGUCCCCAAGAAAUCAGGGAUCCAGGUGGUUAAGAAUGAGAGGAAUGAGCUAGUGCCCACCAGACUAGUCACUGGAUGGCGAAUGUGUAUAGAUUACCGAAAGCUGAACACUGCAACCAGGAAGGACCAUUUCCCCCUACCAUUCAUCGAUCAAAUGCUGGAGCGACUGGCUGGGAGGAAGUACUUCUGCUUUUUGGAUGGGUACAGUGGCUACUUUCAAAUCUACGUGAACCCGGAGGACCAGGAUAAGACCACGUUCACCUGUCCGUUUGGAACCUAUGCGUAUAGGCGUAUGCCAUUUGGCCUAUGCAACGCCCCCGGUACUUUCCAACGGUGCAUGAUGAGCAUAUUCUCGGAUUUGAUUGAAGAUUGUAUAGAGAUCUUUAUGGAUGAUUUCACUGUCUACGGAGACUCUUUCGACUCGUGCUUGCAACAUUUGGAUGUGGUGCUAGAAAGGUGCCAAGCAAAGAGUCUGGUUUUAAAUUUUGAGAAAUGCCACUUUAUGGUUACAGAAGGAAUUGUCUUAGGACACGUGGUGUCAGAAAAGGGAAUCCAGGUGGAUCAAGCUAAGGUGGAUGUCAUAUCCAAACUACCCUUCCCUACUGAUCAGAAAGGAAUAAGAGGUUUUCUGGGCCAUGCUGGAUUUUAUCGAAGAUUUAUCAAGGAUUUCGCCAAGAUUGCCCAACCCCUUACCAGACUUCUCCAGAACGAGGUGGAGUUCGUUUUCGACGAGCAUUGCAAGGCUGCUUUCAACCUCCUUAAGGAAAAAUUGAUCUCUGCACCGAUUAUUCAAGCUCCUAACUGGGAUCACCCCUUCGAGGUGAUGUGCGAUGCUAGUGACUAUGCAGUGGGGGCCGUACUGGGUCAGAAGAUCGAUGGGAAAAGGCAGUACCUACUAGGAUCCAGAGUCAUCGUCUAUACUGAUCAUGCGGCCAUUAAGUAUCUCAUUGCGAAGAAGGAGUCAAAACCCCGACUGAUCAGAUGGGUGCUGCUUUUACAAGAAUUUGAUUGGGAAGUAGAAGACAAAAAGGGGGUUGAAAACAAAGUAGCGGACCACUUGAGCAGAAUAAUACAAGAAGGGAACAGUGAGGAUGUGAGAGAUCGAUUCCCGGAAGAGCAUUUGUGUGAAAAAGUAGGACAGGAACCCUGGUAUGCGGACUUGGCCAACUACCUAGUGACGGGAGAGCUACCAAUGGUGCCAAACGUGACAAAGGCUCAGAGGAUGAAGAUCAAGAGCGAAGCAAAGUAUUAUUUCUGGGACGACCCAUACUUGUGGAAGGCAGGAACCGACCAGGUCAUAAGGAGAUGUGUUCCUGACUGGGAGCAACGGGAUUUCUGCAAAGGCUGUGACCGUUGCCAACUGACCGGUGGGAUCUCCGCGAGGGAUGAAAUGCCGCAAGUUCCAGUAAUUGUUUGUGAGGUGUUCGACAUCUGGGGUAUGGACUUCAUGGGUCCUUUUCCCUCAUCUUAUGGGAACUCCUACAUCCUGGUGGCAGUUGACUAUGUAUCAAAGUGGAUAGAAGCCAAAGCCACAAGCACUUGUGAAUCUAAAGAAGUCACCAAGUUCCUCAAGAGUCAUAUAUUCAGCCGAUUUGGGAUACCAAGGGCAAUCAUCUCCGAUCAAGGGACUCACUUCUGCAACCGAACGGUCGAAGCAUUGAUGAAGAAGUACGGAGUUCAUCACCGCCUAUCUAGUCCUUACCACCCUCAAGCCAACGGGCAAGCAGAGAUCUCAAACAGGGAAAUAAAGAGCAUUUUAGAGAAGACAGUCAACCCCUCCAGAAAAGAUUGGAGCACAAGGUUGGAAGAUGCUCUGUGGGCAUAUCGGACAGCCUACAAAACUCCUAUCGGGAUGUCCCCCUAUCGCAUCGUCUUUGGGAAGAUGUGUCACUUGCCAGUAGGAAUUGAACACCGAGCAUACUGGGCAGUUCAGCAGGUUAACGUGGAUGCUAAGGCCUGUGAAGAGGAAAGGAAGCUACAACUACAAGAGCUGGAAGAACUCAGAUUGGAGUCGUUUGACUCAGCCAUGUGGUACAAGGAGAAAACAAAGAUGUGGCACGACAAAAAUCUGAGAACCAAGGAUCUCCAAUACUUCUGCUUUCUGGAUGGAUACAGUGGAUACUUUCAGAUCUAUGUGAACCCGGAGGACCAGGAUAAGACCACGUUCACGUGCCCAUUUGGAACCUAUGCGUAUAGGCGUAUGCCAUUUGGCCUAUGCAACGCCCCCGGUACUUUCCAACGGUGCAUGAUGAGCAUAUUCUCGGACUUGAUUGAAGAUUGUAUAGAGAUCUUUAUGGAUGAUUUCACUGUCUAUGGAGACUCUUUCGACUCGUGCUUGCAACAUUUGGAUGUAGUGCUAGGGAGGUGUCAAGCAAAGAGUCUAGUCUUGAACUUUGAGAAAUGCCAUUUUAUGGUUACAGAAAGAAUUGUUCUAGGACACGUGGUGUCGGAAAAAGGAAUCUAGGUGGAUCAAGCUAAGGUGGAUGUCAUAUCCAAACUACCUUUCCCUACUGAUCAGAAAGGAAUAAGAGGUUUCCUUGGCCAUGCGGGAUUUUAUCGAAGAUUCAUCAAGGAUUUCGCCAAGAUUGCCCAACCACUCACCAGGCUUCUCCAGAACGAGGUGGAAUUCGUCUUCGAUGAGCAUUGCAAGGCUGCUUUUAACCUCCUUAAGGAAAAAUUGAUUUCUGCACCAAUCAUUCAGGCUCCUGACUGGGAUCACCCCUUCGAGGUGAUGUGCGAUGCUAGUGACUAUGCGGUGGGGGCCCUGAUUGGGCAAAGAUUGACUGGCAAACAGUAUUUUUGUUUCCUUGAUGGAUACAGUGGCUAUUUCUAGAUCUACGUUAACCCAGAGGACCAAGGGAAAACCACGUUCACGUGCCCUUUUGGUACGUAUGCAUACCGAAGAAUGCCGUUUGGAUUGUGUAACGCACCAGGAACAUUCCAGCGGUGUAUGAUGAGUAUUUUUUCAGAUUUGUUGGAGGUAUGCAUUGAAAUAUUCAUGGAUGAUUUUACCGUAUAUGGGAAUGCGUUCGACACUUGUUUAGCCAGCCUUGACCUAGUGUUGAAAAGAUGCCAGGAAAAGCACUUAGUCUUGAAUUUCGAAAAAUGCCACUUCAUGGUGACGGAAGGCAUUGUCCUGGGUCAUGUGGUUUCUGAAAGAGGAAUACAGGUAGACAAAGCAAAGGUAGAUGUGAUAUCAAAGUUACCUUACCCCACGAACCUAAAAGAAGUUAAAAGCUUCCUGGGUCAUGCAGGAUUUUAUAGGAGGUUUAUCAGGGAUUUCGCGAAGAUCGCGCAACCGCUCACUCAUUUGUUGCACAACGAUGUGGAAUUCGUCUUUGACGAAGGAUGCACGAAGGCCUUUCAAUUGCUUAAGGACAGACUCGUGUCUGCACCAAUAAUCAGGGCGCCAGACUGGAAUCAUCCUUUUGAGAUAAUGUGCGACGCGAGUGAUUUCGCUGUGGGAGCUGUCCUAGGACAAAAGAUAGAUGGGAAAAGUUAUGUGAUCUUCUAUGCAUCCAAGACUCUAAAUCAAGCUCAGAAGAACUAUGAUACCACGGAGAAGGAAAUGUUGGCUGUCGUGUACUCAUUCGAGAAAUUCCGACCCUAUCUGCUUGGGUCGAGGGUUAUAGUUUUCACCGAUCACGCAGCAAUAAAAUACUUACUGGCUAAGAAGGAGUCUAAGUCGAGAUUUACAGUAAUGGAUCCAACUCAGGCUACCGGAAGUUCGCAGCCGACGGUGUAUGACGCAGUUCUGUUGGCAGAAUUGACGCAAAAAUUAGGGAGCGUCGAGAAAGCGAAGGAAGUCUACGCUCUGUUUUCCGCCAGCCUGAUGACAUCCGCGCCGGCCGUACCAUCACCAAUGAUCCCAGCGGAUUCGGCGGCACAACCCGCAGUUCUCCAAGAAGAAAGGCCUCAAGAUUUGACCAGGGUACAUGACUCUGGAUCUCAACAAGAAGAAACCGCUUCACUGGAGGCGGAUAAAGAAGAGGCAAUGAAUGAACCGGCGGCAGAUGGUGGGCAGACGAAUGGUGAAGCGGAGGUGGAGACCGAAUGA